UCUACCCUACCCCCAACAUGUGACUAAUGACGUAAUCACAGGUCCUUUAGCCUAUUUGGAUCUAGCAGACACUGCGGACUCAUGCCCCCCAAAGGGAAAGGUAGAGGAAAAGCAGGUGGCACCUCUGGAGGCGAACCUGCUGACAAGAGGGCCCAAACCUCAAAAGGUGGAAAUGCCAUUAAGGUGAGACAUAUUCUCUGUGAAAAACAUGGAAAAGUUAUGGAAGCCAUGGAAAGACUGAAGUCUGGAGUGCGAUUUAGUGAGGUGGCUAUUCAGUACAGUGAGGAUAAGGCCAGACAAGGGGGCGAUUUGGGCUGGAUGAUAAGAGGCUCAAUGGUUGGACCUUUUCAAGAAGCUGCUUUUGCGCUCCCUCUAAGCUCAAUAGACAAACCUGUUUACACUGAUCCUCCUAUAAAGACCAAAUUUGGGUAUCACAUUAUUAUGGUGGAAGGAAGGAAAUAAAAUCUAAUAAUAAAGGAUUUCUUACUUGCUGAA